GAGCAGAUCUUCUCGAAGGCGGCUGGGGCAGCACAGAGUCUUGGCGGUGCCGCCCAAGGCGGAUUUGCCCUGCUGGCGCAGCUCGUCGAGGAGGCUAUCGAGCCGGCGCUCGACCCUCGCGCGGAGGACCCGCCGCCGGCGGAACUGAGGCACACGCCUCCCAAGGUCAUCGAGUGUGAUGGAAGCCCUGCCGCUCCGGAUCUCUUCGAGAGCCUGGUGAUUCCGGGGCCUUCGGCCAAGCGCGUCGAGGCGGCGCUCGCUGAAGGACUGGUGCUUUCGUGA